AUGCCUGUUUUACAGUUUGGAACAACCUUGGACAUCUCCAAAAAACUAAAAGUAAGAAUUCUUAAUCUUGUUAACUCACAAUGGAAAAUAUUUUAAUCAAGCUUUCAGUGUCAUUUGUGAUUGUUGGUUCUCAGUAAAGUUUCCGACACUGACAAGAUAGCGAAAACUGAGAGACAGCUUAAUACCGACUUGGAAAAACUCAAAUUACAACUUGAAAUAUAGUGAGGGAAAAAUUUAUGAAAGAAAGGAACAACUUACACAUAGAGGAACUGAACAUACUUUUUUCGUUUCAUCCUAGAACGCUCAGAAAGCUCCUCGUGUAUUGAUUAUUGGUGGCGGAGUUGUUGGAAUGACCAGUGCUUUACAGUUGUUGAAUAAAGGGUAAGUUUGUCACUGACUUAUUUUUCUAUAUAUGAAAAAAAGUUUGGAAAGAAGCGAAAAAAAAUCGAGAGAAACAUAAAGGUUUUGACGUCUUAGAUCAUUUGUUGGUGCCCAGUCUCAUUUGUCCCUCAAAUAUCACCCUUGUUUUAGGUACAAAGUGACAGUCUUAGCGAAGGAGUACGCCUCCCCAGUCUCCUCCGGUAAACGUAUCACUUCUGAGAUCGCUGGCGCUCUGUGGGAGUGGCCUCCAGCGGUCUGUGGGCGACACACAAACGAAAAGUCACUGGAGAGAGCCAAGGUUUGGUGCAUGGAUGGCUAUGCCAAGUUCAUGGAGUUGGCUAUGAACUCAAAGGAAACUGGAGCUUUCCUCAGACAAUCUAUCUUCUACUUUAAAGACAAGGUAAUUCUUCAUUUGCAGAACAUUUUAUCGGGGUAAUCGUUUUGUCUUGUGUCCUGUAAGUCAUCUGUAGUAUUGAAUUUAUCUCUCAAAUGUCAAAAAAGUUUUCAAUUUAACACCAAACUCUUGCUCUUUCUUUCUUCAGGUGAACAAUCUUCCUCAACAGUUGGAAAAGAUGAACGAACUGAAUCAUUUGCCAGGAUUCCGUCAUGACGCCAAACUCAUCGAAGAAACUGGUAAGUUUGAUCAUAGUAAAAAAGAAAAAAAAAGGGGCUUUCCCCUUUUCAAUAUUUUGCUGAACAAUGAAUAAUCUUCGCUGAAAAGCGUCCACACUGAGAAAAAGGAUUCCGUUUGAACGCUUCGCUAACUACGAAGCUCUCCAAUUGACAGCUAAAUAAAUAAGGAAUAUUGCUAAUUUCUUCUCCUUCAGGUGUGAACACAGACACUGGUGUUGUGGACGCAUAUCAACAUAUGGCUCCCAUGGUUGACACAGUCACCUACAUGCAGUGGCUUUAUAAACAGUGUCGUGACAAAGGCUGUCGCUUUGUACACGAUGAGAUUCACGGAUUGUUGAGAGAUCAGGCAGAAGACUUGAAAAAGAAAUACAAAGCUCAGCUGAUAUUCAACUGCUCUGGACUUAGCGCCAAAGAACUGGCAGGAGAUGAAGAUGUCUAUCCCCUAAGAGGUAAAUAACUUGUGUAUGUCCUACUAAAUCAUAUAUGUUGGGCAUCCUAUGUGGGCCGAUUGUAACAGACAAGAAUUGAGUUGGCCUUGAUUACCGAUCUCUCUUUCCAUUUUGCAUUCCAGGAGUGAUUCUUAAAGUGAGAAACGACGGAAGUUUGAUGCCAAAACUCAAUCACUCCAUGUGCAUCUCUAUAAUCAAGGAGUUCGACGAGUCAGAUAAAGAAGGACAAAGCUUCGUGUUCAUUCUACCGAGAGGUGACGACAAAUUGUGGCUGGGUGGAAUGGUACAACCUCAUCAGUGGGACAGAGAUCUGACGCUCGAUUAUCCACCAAUCAGAAAGAUGUUUGAGAAAGUAAAGGAGUUCUAUCCACCUCUUCGUAACUAUGGAGACGAUGAUGUAGAAGAAGUUUUGGUAGGCCUGCGUCCUGCUCGCCAUGGUAACGUUCGUCUGGAGUGGGAUCCUGUGUGUCCUUCUCUUCUGCACAACUAUGGACAUGGGGGCUCGGGUGUGACUUUCUCAUGGGGCUGUGCUAUUGAAGCCAGUGCUAUGGUGGAUCGUGUUUUUAAAAGACCACAGAUUUACCUGUCAAAGCUUUAACCUUUUUUCACCUUUUCCUGUUUUCGUAAUUUAUGAGCUCAUUUUGAACUCCUUGUAGGAGACAGGUCUUGAAUCAGCUGUGUGAUCGAAGGCUAUUGAAUGAAUUGAGAAUGUUACUUGUGCAUUGAACAUUUUAUUUAUCAAAAAAAAAAAACAAAAGUUAUAUUAUUAUUUAAACGAAAUUUGUAUAAUACUGUAUGAAAUAGUGUGCGAAGCGAAUAUUGAAUAAAGAUUAUUUUUUGUAAAUUAUUUAUUUCUUUAUUUUGCCGCAUGGCCGGAGCAGACCCCAAUGAGUUCCAUUAAGACUCGAACUGUCGGAAUUGAUCAACAUGUAACUCCUGAGCACAAUUUUAAAUAUAAGUUAGCAUGCAGAUUAUGGGAAUAUUUAAAUUUUAGAUAUAUUUAUCGAUAAACAGUGGAUCGCGUGGAGGGCCUUGAUUGGCUUCUGAUACUCCGACGAUCCGCACGGAAUUUGCACCUGAAAAUAUUUCAAUCGUUGCAGGAAUAAAUGAGUUGAAAUCAUCUUUUGGUGUCCUAUUAUUUCACUAUCUAAGUGUUCACGAAAACAGCUAAGAAGCGGUGGAUAUACAUCACCGCUUUGCGCCUCAGUUAAUGUAUCCCCAACAAGUCACCUGCCCUUCGGUGAACAGUAGUUAGUUAGGUAUAUCAAGUGGAGGGUUUGGUCAUGAUGAAACAUCAAAUUCUGAAUUAUUUAAAAGAAUAAUGUAACGAUCAAAAUGGGGACCUAUUAUCACUUUGUCGGGCAUUGUAGAGCACUUUGUGGACUUAAAUGGAGAGUUUGGCGGGCUGAAAUGUACUUCCUCUCACAAACUUCUAAGCAAACGCAGUGGAAGAACGUGACUGACAUACACAGCACAUAGGUCACGGAUUGCAAGUUACGUAAUCAAGUAUUACUUAUAGUGUCAGAAACGAGUUCUUUUGCUUAAAAUUUUUAUUUUUCAUUCCACUUUAUACAGCCUUAGACCCUUUAAAAGAAGGAAAAUACCGAACAAGAUCACAUCGAGAGUGCAAACUAUUCAAAGCUUUUAAGUUGAAGUUGGUGACUUGAGCCAAAAACAGAACAAAUUGAUUCGUGAUUGAGUGAUAAAUUUCCGGCUGAUUGACGGCAAAACGUGUCCAUAGAUUUUUCCUCCGGCAAUCUAUCGUUCGCAAAAAAGGUACACGUUGCGUGUACCUUUUUUUUUUACCUACCUUAAUAAAAGAAAAUUAACAGUUCGGAUAUACAAGGAAACUUCAUUCACUCUUUAUUGUUGUCCUUUCAAAAAAUCUUAAAUUAUUUUGACAUCUUUACCAUUGCCACCGAGUGACGUGAGUGUUAUCACAACUAAAACAUUAAAGCAUUUUCACGCCCGAACACGGAGCCACUUACAAUAUAACAAUUAUCCGCUUUUGAGUCUAUAGGUUUGCGACUUUGUUUAUAAUAUAUCAAAACACUCACGAAUGAAAAGCCGUGUAAAAUUGGACAGAAUAUUACGCGUUAAAGAACUAAACAAUAUCCAACAAUUUUGAUUCCUUGGAGAACAACAGCAAUGACUACAAAAAAAUGAUGACUUAAGAGAUUUGUUGGCACGAGAAGAAAAAGUGAAGCAGUAAAUGAAGAAUAAAAUGAAGCAAAAAAAUUCAGUCUAAAUAGUGAUGAAAACCCUAAAUUGGUAGCACUGUAUGCCCCAUAAAAAUUUUAAACCAGGUCUUUAGAUUUAAAAUAACGUUUGUGUGGUGCUUAAUUUGAUUAUAAAUUUUUUCAUUUUUAAUUCUUCAAGUCAGGAACGCGUUUUUUUGCUAACCCAACAGUGUAAAAAGUACAAGAGAUUUUGGUUUUGCCUUAUACGAUCGGCUAGGCUGUACGCAAGCUGGCAAUUGAUUUUUUUGCUCCACUGUUGGCAUCUAAUCAAUCCACUAACAACAGAUUUUCGAGAAGCAUACUUAAUUAAUCAAAUCAAACUGGGCCCACGCACCUACAUUUUAUCACUUGCGUGUUCAUGUAUCAGUAACUUCUAUCUGAUUAGUGAUGAGAAUUCGGAAAUGCACAUGGUGGAGGCGGUUUUUUUACGUUUUCUUCCAGUAAAAUGCUAGUUUUCUUUUUCUUUUUAUUUUCGAGCGUUACACACGAAAAUGAACUCAUGACCUGUAACAGUUUACCAACUUAUGUAUUUUUGUCUAGUCUCCACAGAAGAACAGCAAACUCCUUUUGACGCUAUAAAGCAAACCUAGUGAUCGUUCGCUCUGAGUCGAGUAUACCUGAUAUGUCAAUUUAAGGUCGUUUGACUCACCGCCUCUUGUUGGGUGGGUUUACUUCCGAUGAUUUAAAUUAGCAGUUUGACGACACGUUUUCUAUUGAUCGAUAUGGGCCAGAUUCAUUGAGGCAAAACGAGCUGUAUCUAACGAUUUGAUUGCGAGCCAUCUUAGAUCAAAUUUACCUCAAACUUGAUAGGCAUUUUCAUUACGCCCCUCAAAAUCUUUUCCCAACACAGGAAUACUAAAAACUCAUUGUCCGGAAAGUUGUCGCAGCCGGACAGCCUUUGCUCCAGGUUAUCACGCAACGUUCGUGCUAUGUGCCCAGUGUCAUGCGUAAUGCAUAAAUACGUGACCGGUGUAUUGUGUGACAAGAAGUCUGUUGCUACGGGCGAUCGAGUAGCGUCUUCGGUGAGUCAACGGGGAAAUGACGGGUCUGUCAGUAAGUCACGUUCUCAAAUUAACGUUUUCUGAGAAUUUUUGAGUGAAAAUGACAUAUCGAGAGAAUAUACAUAGAUGAUAAUUUCGUCCCCAAUCCAGAGAGACUUAGUCGUCAAUGUGUCGGUAGUCCCUAAGGCUUCUUUGCGAAAAAGUCACGUACUGCUUAACAGAUACGUGCGGCUUUAAAGAUUUUAGCUGUCAAACAGUCCCCUCUCUCCCCUUCCUCCUCCCCCCCCCCCCAAAAAAAAACAACAACAACAGCAGCUUUAUAUAUGACUUGAAUCAAAAUACCUCCGAUAGAACUAAACCCCUCUCCCACAAGAAACAGCGUACAUGUACUUGUUGACCCUUUUUUUCAAUUUUUUUUUAAUGUGUGUACAGUAAACGUGACCUUUGGCUAUUGUAUGAGUUUGUCUGCGUCGGUACAUGUUGCCUAGUCAUGGUAGAUUCCUCAGGAAUAUUGACGUCACGCGGAAUUUUUUAAUUCACGCGAAUUUUUCGAUGCGAAUUUUUCAAGGGCUAGCGUGUUUUUCUAUUAAAAAAAAAGUUUAGAAAGAAGCGAAGAAAAAUAAGGAGAAACAUAAAGGUUUAGACGUUAUUAGAUCAUUUGUUGGCGCCCAGUCUUAUUUUUUUCAUAAAUAUCACCCUCGUUUUAGGUACAAAGUGACAGUUUUAGCAAAGGAGUACGCCUCCCUAGUCUCCUCCGGUAAACGUAUCACUUCUGAGAUCGCUUGCGUUCUGUGGGAGUGGCCUCCAGCGGUCUGUGGGCGACACACAAACAAAAAGUCACUGGAGAGAGCCAAGGUUUGGUGCAUGAAUGGCUAUGCCAAGUUCAUGGAGUUCGCUAUGAACUCAACGAUGAUGUAGAGGAGGUGUUGGUAGGCCUGCGUCCUGCUCGCCAUGGUAACGUUCGUCUGGAGUGGGAUCCUGUGUGUCCUUGUCUUCUGCACAACUAUGGUGGCUCGGAUGUGACUUUUUCAUGGGGCUGCGCUAUUGAAGCCAGUGCUAUGGUACAUCGUGUUUUUAAAAGGCCACAGAUUUAUCUUUCAAAGCUUUAAUCUUUUUUCACUUUUUCCUGUUUUCUUAAUUUAUGAGCUCAUUUUGAACUCCUUGUAGGAGACAGGUCUUGAAUCAGCUGUGUGAUCGGAGGCUAUUGAAUGAAUCGAGAAUGUUACUUGUGCAUUGUAUAUUUUAUUUAUCAAAGAAAGACAAAAGUUAUAUUAUUAUUUAAAUGAAAUUUGUAUUAUACUGUAUGAAAUAGUGUGCGAAGCGAAUAUUGGAUAAAGGUUAUUUUUGGUAAAUUAUUUAUUUCUUUAUUUUGCCGCAUGGCCGGAGCAGACCCCAAAGAGUUCCAUUACGACUCGAACUGUCAGAAUUGAUCAACAUGUAACUCCUGUUCACAAUUUCAAACAUAACUUAGCAUGCAGAUUAUGGGAAUAUUUAAAUUUUAGAUAUACUUAAACAGUGGAUAGCGUAGAGGGCUUUGAUUGGCUUCUGAUCAUGCUCCGACGAUCCUUUGCUAUUCACCUUACGAGCAACUCGCACGGAACAAAGUUUUCGCCUGAAAAUAUUUCAAUCGUUGCAGGAAUAAAUGAGUUGAAAUCAUCUUUUAAUGUCCUAUUAUUUCACUAUCUAAGUGUUCACGAAAACAGCUAAGAAGCGGUGGAUAUCCAUCACCGCUUUGCCCCUCGGUUAAUGUAUCCCCAACAAGUCACCUUCCCUUCGGUGAACAGUAGUUAGUUAGGUAUAUCAAGUGGAGGGUUUGGUCAUGAUGAAACAUCAAAUUCUGAAUUAUUUAAAAGAAUUAUGAAACGAUCAAAAUGGGGACUUAUUAGCACUUUGUCGGGCAUUGUAGAGCACUUUGUGGACUUAAAUGGAGUUUUUGGCGGGCUGAAAUGUAUUUGAUGCCGCUUGCACGCUCGUGUGAUUGUUCAGAUCGUUUUGUUGUCAUUUUUUUAAAUGUUUAUUUUAUCAAUGCCCUACAAAGUACUAAAAUGACUCUGAUUCGGGCCCAAAAUAUAUUUAUGCCCGCGAACAUAAACUCUAUUAAAAUGUUUUGUUUCUUAAGUUAAUUAUAUUGACGUAAUUAACUUACACACAUCUGUGACUUUACAAUAAAAACUGGAAAAAUUCACUGGUUUUUGUUCACUUUCUAGCAACUUCCGAAAGAACACACUAAAUCAUUUUGGAACAAAUUUAUACACCAGCAUUAAACUGACUUCUGUUCAUAACCCGCACCAACUCUUGUUUCAUCUUCGUUGGCAUACAAUGUUAAAAGAAAAAUAUUUCGUAAUAUUAAAUUUUUCCGCUUAUGUGCUUUUAUUAAUGGAACUUGCACUUACGAAGAUCACGUUCAAACUGUAAUGUUUUCAUUCAAACACGUAACAGGAAAAUGACUAAGAAGAAUUUUUCCGUAGGAGCACGUCACAUACCGAAAAUGAUGAGAUACGACGAAAUUGAUUGGUCAAAAGGACGAAAAAAUAUGAAAUAAAAUACAUCAUGAUGGGCAAUACAUCCCAUGGUAUCCACAAAAUAUUUUUCCUGACCGCCUUCGAAUGAGUUAAAUGAGCGAUCUGUUUGAUUCAGUUCGAACAGAAGUCGUGUUCCUGCUCAUAUGAUUGGAAUUUUUUCCGAGAUUUCCUAGAAACAACGGCUGACAAUCUUUGAGAGGUGGAGCUCAAUAUAACCACCCUGGAUAAAACGGAAAUACUUAUUUAUAAGUAUUUUAAAAUUUUACGACGUUUUGUUUUAAUGUGAGCCAAGAAAAUUUAAUCACUUGGUCUUGUCUGGCUUUGGGUCAUUCCUCUGUGCGUGAUCAUGAUGGUUCAAAAAAUUUAUUUUGACAAGAGCCAGUUUCUGAUUUAUCAUGCUAUAUCACCCUUUCUGACGCCCGAAAUCAAGAGGAAAGAAAUUUUCACCUCUUCCGCCUCUUUUCCUUGUUCUCUUUCAUUGUCAAAAUUUACCAUUGCGAAAACAGGAAAAUUGCGCUAAAUGCAACAUUUUGAAGCUAAGGAAGUUGAAAGCCAUACAACAACCUUGAAAACUUGUCCUUGAUCCCUUUGGAAAUAAAGAGUAUAUUGGGGCCCACGUUUUGAGGAUUGUACCUUAGCGUAAGACGGACCUGAGGGAAAAUGUAUAAACAUUAAAACUUUCUGCAAAGCUACCAAACCAAAUCGAAACAUUUUUGGCUAUUCAGUCCUCGGUUAGCCUAAUCGUGCUUUGAACAACGCAGCCCAGUUUGGAACCUGCGUCAACUCAAAAAAUGUCGAGGAGGUGAAGUGAUACCAGCGGUCAUCUUUGAUACUGCGCCAAAUAAUUAAAAAUACACUACUGAACGUGUCUGAGAUCUGCAUGACAUGAAACACGGGGAGUGAGUUUAUAAUGUUCAACUCCGUAGUUUUACCAGAAUAUUCCCCUGUCGUAUUAGGUUUAGGCACUCAUGGAGCUUUUUGAAUGGUGUGUGCCUAAUACCAUAACACAUUUUCUUUAGAAUGGCUGACAAGUUUUUUUUCACGCUGAAAGCAAAAUUGAGGUGAAUCGUUUGGCCGCUCUAAGUAAUUGAGAGAGGUGAGAACAGCCUGAAAACACAGAAAAAAUUCGAAUUAUAAAAUGCUUACCGAAGAGAUAUAACUGUGAGUAUUAGGUUGAAUGAGCCAAUUUAGACAUAUUCCGCGAAAACAUUGCUUUCAAUCCACUCGGCCUUGAAAUCUCUGUCAUUAAAUCUUAUUCAAGGAUGAUUUGAUUUUCUUUUCGACGAAAAUACCGAUAAUCACAAAAUUGCUCAGUUAGUAUUUUCUCAAAUUCAAUAAAUUUUAUAAUUUGUUUUGUAUCACUGACGUGCAGCUCCAACUUCACUUCAGGAUCGGAAGGGGGCAACAGUUGAAGAGAGUCGGACUCAAUUGACAUGCAGCUGUUUUCUUGAAAACUAAUUUUUUAGAUUUCUACUCUUACCGUAAGAAUCUUUUAUUGUAUCUUUAGUAACGUUUAUUUUUAGUUACCUUUGUACUUUACCGUGCAUUGAUUUAAAAAUGAUAUAGCUCGACCUGGUGAACCGUUAAUCAAACAGUCAGUUCUUAGAUCUCAGCCAGACACGUAAACGGAAAAUUGUGGUACGAUAGGUCACGCUUGGUUAAACAGGAGAGCAAAACGGUGAAUAGUCAUUCCUUGUUUUGAUUUUUCUGGGUAAGUUUAAAAAAGCAUAAUUUUCUCACUUUGAUGUUGACAAGUGAUCAAAAUAAAUGAUUGCAAAGCUGUAUCUUUUAAAGACAUGCUUGACUGAAGCUGCCGCUCGAGAAAUCAAAGCUGAUACGUUACGGUUGAUCUUAUCCAUGCUUUAUCGCACGCAAGAACGUGACUUGACAUUGAUAUUGAAAUUAAAAGAAGAAAAAAACCCUUUCGAUAGGUAAGGAUCCUUGGCAUCUAGGAAUCUUAAGGCACUGCAUGCAUGGCUAUAUACAAAGCAUGUAGAUCUGCACGUGUUUUUUCGACCCUAGAAAUAUAAAUGCGAAUUCAGAGCAUGUUCGGGUUCAUCUGUUUAUUGCUAUUGGUUAUGAACAAGUCAAUAAGUACUCGACGCUGAAGAAUAUUGGAGUGGAGGGCUUUUAAACAACUAUUGAGAAUGCCGAUACAGUUUCCACAGUCAAAAACCUCAGGUUCUCGAUCCACUAAGGUAAAACUGGCUUUUGCCAUUUCAGAAAUUUCUGUACUCGUCUUAAUUCUUAGGUUAUAAAGUGAGUGUCACACUUUUUCGUCAGCUUGAGCGUUGUGCACAUAAAAACUUGUACUCCUAUUACCUUCAUGACGUACAACACAUAAACGGAAAAUGAAAAUUUAUUUUUAAAAAUCAAACAAUUUUAUCUAUACAGAAAAAUGAAACAAAACGAGUUCUCCUGGAAACAUUUCUCCUUUUAAUCGCUAUAAUUUACGUCUCUCUGUUAACAAGUAUCAAAUUAUUCAAAGGAUAGAUGAAAACGUCAUUUUAUUUUCAUCAAUACCCAUCUUAAUAUUUCCGUCUCUUCUGCGGAAUUGAUUUUCCAUCUAGCAUUUUUCCUGUGUAAAUUUUGCUUUAACUAAAGUCCUGUCUUGUACAGAGGUCUUCGCGCGCUCCACGCGUGUUGGUGAUUGGGGGCGGAGUCGUAAGCAUGACGUCAGCAUUACAGCUUCUGCAGAAAGGUUGCAAGGUAACAGUUUUAGCCAAAGAGUUCGCCUCCCCAGUCUCCUCUGGUAAACGCAUCACUUCUGAGAUCGCUGGCGCUUUAUGGGAGUGGCCUCCAGCGGUCUGUGGGCGACAUACAAAUGAAGAGUCACUGGGGAGAGCCAAGGUUUGGUGCAUGGACAGCUAUGCCAAAUUCAUGGAGUUGGCUAUGAACUCAAAGGAAACUGGAGCUUUCCUCAGACAAUCUAUCUUCUACUUUAAGGACAAGGUAAAUGCCCAGCCUGUUAGUUGCAUUGCUUGCGUGUAAACUUGUAAACGAGCCAUUUGGAAGUGAGGAGGCCUGAUGAAGACUUUUCUUGCAUGAGCUUGAAUGGGAAUUUGGUGCCCGCUUACCUAAGGGAGGAGUGGAGAGGGGAAGGGGGGAGAGGGAGGGGGUACCGAGUCCGAUAAAUUUUAAGAUAGACUGAACUUUAAUUUCUAAUGGGCCUCUGAUCUCUUUUUUUUCUCUAAAAAUCGAAUGUUAAAGAUCUUCCUCAACAGUUGGAAAAGAUGAAUGAACUGAAUCAUUUGCCAGGAUUCCGUCAUGACGCCAAACUCAUCGAAGAAACUGGUACAGUUGCAACCUUUUUACAAUAAACUUAAGAAUUUUAACAGUAGAAUGUGAAUAGAAUGUGCUCGCGAGUUCUCUUCACCUUCGGCUCAUUCCUAUCUCUUUGGUAUUUGCCUUCCCCGUCACAUAACAAAUUAACCACAAUUUGAUUGAUACAUAAUUGUUGAUUCCAAUCGCCGGUAGCUUCUAGUGACCCAAAACUGAGCGACUCAACCAUCUCCGUCCUAAGGCCAAAGAUUAUUUCCUGUCUUAGAGCGCUAUUAAAGACUAAAAAAAAUGCGGAAGUUCUCUUUAAUUCCCCUUCCAUUAUUGAAAGGUGUAAUGUGUCUUAAACGUUUGUGUGACUUACCAAAUGACCUGCUAUUGAUAACGUUUUCUUUCCAUUUAGCUGUAAACACAGACACUGGUGUUGUGGACGCAUAUCAACAUAUGGCUCCCAUGGUUGACACAGUCACCUACAUGCAGUGGCUUUACAAACAGUGUCGUGACAAAGGCUGUCGCUUUGUACACGAUGAGAUUCACGGAUUGUUGAGAGAUCAGGCAGAAGACUUGAAAAAGAAAUACAAAGCUCAGCUGAUCUUCAACUGCUCUGGACUUAACGCCAAAGAACUGGCAGGAGAUGAAGAUGUCUAUCCUCUGAGAGGUAAAUAAAACUCGUGAAACGUGCAGUCUGAGAUCAGUUCAGUUGUCAUAUGUUUAACAGAAUUACGUCUCUUCCUUGAUUGUGAAAAGAAAGGUGUUGAAUCCGUAUCCUUGUCCUUCAAAAUCUCUCUCAUUGCAGGGGUGAUUCUUAAAGUGAGGAACGACGGAAGUUUAAUGCCCAAACUCAAUCACUCCAUGUGCAUAUCUAUAAUCAAGGAGUUCGAUGAGUCAGAUAAAGAAGGACAAAGCUUCGUGUUCAUUUUGCCUCGAGGUGACGACAAACUAUGGCUGGGUGGAAUGGUACAACCUCACCAGUGGGACAGAGAUCUAACGCUCGAUUAUCCACUAAUCAGAAAGAUGUUUGAGAAAGUAAAGGAGUUCUAUCCACCCCUUCGUAACUACGGAGACGAUGAUGUAGAGGAAGUUUUGGCAGGCCUGCGUCCUGCUCGCCAUGGCAACGUUCGUCUGGAGUGGGAUCCUGUGUGUCCUUCUCUUCUGCACAACUAUGGACAUGGGGGCUCGGGUGUGACUUUCUCAUGGGGCUGUGUUAUUGAAGCCAGUGUUAUGGUGGAUCGUGUUCUUAAAAGGCCACAGAUUUUGUAUUCAAAACUUUGA